AUGGUUUCUACAACAAAUGAGGGGAAGUUGAGCUGAUGGCAGGUUUCUUCAGUUGACUUAGGAGGAGAGUGUUUACGUUUUCGUCGCGUGUAAUGUUGUGCUAAAAAGGAUGGUGAAUAAUUUGGAUGCUUGGAGCCUGAAACACCGGCUAUUCCUGGUCAAACAUUUCUACCAGGAGCUAGGCAGUUAUACAUGUGUGAGAUACAACUAUGAGGAUCACUUCAAGGACUGCAAAGACAGUCCGGCUUUCUCCAGGGCUGUUCUCGAUGAGGUUAUCCGGGUAUUCGAGGAGACUGGGAGUGUCUGGAGGACUUCACAGAAUUUUCAUAAUUAUGCCCUGAAAGAUGUCCGGAAUGACAAUAGCCCUUUAAAAGAAUCCCUGCCCAAGCCCACUGAUUCUCUCUUCAAAUGCGAACUCUGUGAGAAAUCCUUUCUCAAUUUCACCAAUUUAAAGCGUCAUGUUCUGCAAUCCCAUGAUCUUGAGGAUAUUUACAAAUGUGAUUUCUGUUCAAUGGAUUUUCGGAAAAAAUACAAAUUCUUGCGGCACAUGAGGAGUCACAAUGAAAAUAUUUCGUCAACCGAAUCGCGAAUGAAGAGUCCUACAGAAUUUAAGCGAUGCCAAGAAUGUGGAAAAUUUUGUUCAAGUUCUACUUUGGAAGAACACUUAAAAACUCACAGAGUGGACCAUCCACUCAAAUGUAAUAUCUGUGGGAAGGUUUUUGCAUGGAGAUAUGGCUUUAAAUUGCACAUGAUGACCCACAGGGGUUUUCCUGUGCAGAAAAAGUGGCCAAAAUGUGAUAUUUGCGAGAGAAAAUUUGCCGGAGAACGAACAAUGAAGCUUCACAGGGAAAGAGCUCAUGGAGCAGGAAAUUCAAAUCAAGCCACAUCAGCAAAUAUUUUGGGGUCUCAAAGGAAUCCUCAAGGCCCAGAAAUAGCAAUAGUAGAAAUGAAUGAGAUGGAAAUUAAGAAAGAAAUAACUGAACCAAACGAUAUUCAUAUUGUAGAAAUACCAGACGCAGAAAUAGUUUCACCAAUUGUUCCAAAGUUAGAAAAUACACCAAUGGACACAAUGGAGGAUAAUCCUAUAUCGAUGGAUGUACAGGAUGGUGAUUUUGGUGACGAUAGUGAGAGUAGUAAUAAUUUUCCAGAAGCAGAUGACAUGUUCUCUCCCAAUAUUCCCCAAAUAGAAAAUAAGACUAAAUUGUGCGAUCCAUCCGGUGAUCUGGCACUCUGUGAUCUUUGUGGGAAGGUACUGAGUUCAAAAGGAGCCCUGAAGACUCACAUGAUAACCCACACCAAGGAUAAGCCGUUCAAGUGUUCAAUUAAAGGAUGCUACAAGGCAUACCGUUGGGCACAAUCUCUGGACUUUCACGUACUCACUUAUCAUGCCAAGGACAGAGGAAGGCGAAUGAAAUGCAUUCUUUGCAAUAAGGCUUUUGUCUACACGCACAUGCUAAGGGCUCAUAUGAAAGUUGAUCACAGUGAUGAAAUCUUGGCAUGUGAUUUCUGCAGUCACGUAUUCACUGACAAAAAUGAAUAUGAUUGCCACUUGCGUGAGUGGCAUAAUUUUGUGGAUGGAGCGACUCAAGAGGGCGAAGGCAGUCAAGGUGCCGAAGUAGAUCAUAAAAAUUUAAUUAUGCUAAACUUGAGAGGAAAGAAAGCUCGAUUAAAACCCGUAACUUGUAGUAUUUGUGGAAAAGAUUUCCAAUACAAGUACAUGCUGAAGAAGCAUUUAGGAUCCCAUGCAAAAACAGAUGAAGCUCUCAUGUGCCCGGAGCCAGGAUGUGGCAAAUCCUUCCCAAUUGAGAAGUACUUGAAGCUGCAUAUAGCAACACAUACGGAGCGGAGAUUCAAAUGUGCAGACUGUGAUCGGAGUUACAAGGAAUUCCGAAUACUGAAAUGGCAUAUCAAGAAGGAGCACUUGAAAGCUGAUCCGCCUUAUAAAUGCAAUUAUUGCACUUAUACGGGUUGGUAUUCUGAGCAAUACAAGAGACAUCUAAGAGUUUACCACGAAAAUGAGAUACAAAUGGCACAAAAAAAUGUUAAAAAGUGAAAUAAAUGGAAAAAAAUAAAUUGGAAAAACUACAAAAUAAAAAUAAAUGCUAAUAACAUAAAAUAAAAAA